AUGUACGAUGACAUUGCAUUCAAUGUUCAGAACCCUAGACCUGGUGUCAUCAUCAACAAGCCAGAUGGUCCAGAUGUUUACGAAGGAGUUCCCAAGUGCUACGAGUUGAUUCGAUUAUACAGGAACCAUGUGACCGCUGCCAAUCUUUAUGCCGUUAUUCUUGGAAAUAAAACUGCUCUCACCGGGGGUAGUGGCAAGGUUCUAGACAGUGGUCCAAAUGACAACAUUUUUAUUUACUAUACAGACCAUGGUGCCGCUGGAAUAAUCGGGAUGCCUGAAGGCGACUAUGUUUAUGCAAACGAUCUAGUGGAUGUUCUGAAACAGAAGCAUGAAGCCAAGUCCUACAAAGAUAUGGUAUUUUACCUUGAAUCUUGUGAAUCUGGGAGCAUGUUCGAGGGCCUCCUUCCAAACAAUAUAAGUAUCUAUGCGACCACAGCAGCAAAUGCAACGGAAAACAGUUGGGGAACAUAUUGUCCCGGUUUUAAUCCUGGUCCUCCCGCAGGAUACACCACUUGUUUGGGAGACUUGUAUAGUAUUUCUUGGAUGGAGGAUUGCAGCGACAUCAAAGAUUUGCGGAAAGAAACUUUUGAACAGCAAUAUGAAGCAGUUAGAAAGAGAACAAGAAAUACUACUGAGGGACUAGGUUCUCAUGUUACUCAGUAUGGAAAUCUGAAUCAAGCCAACGAUUUACUCUUCUCUUACAUGGGUUCAAAUGAUAACUCUACUUCUUACACCCAAAGUGAAUCGUCACCAUCGCUCUUAGGAUCGAUUAUCAACCAACACGACGCAGAUCUCCUUCACUUUUUGCUCAGGUCGCGUAAUGCUCCGAUUGGGUCUGAUGAGAGGCAUGAAGCUAGAGAGGAACUACGUGCCGAAGUUGAUCGUAGGAAGCGCAUCGACGGCAAUGUAGACAAAAUCCGGUGGCUUUUGUUCGGACAUGAGAGUAACUUGAAGAAUUUUCGACCUCAGAGUCAAAGCCUUGUGGAUGAUUGGAGCUGCUUCAAGACGCUUGUGAGAACUUAUGAGAAAUAUUGUGGGUCACUCUCGAAUUAUGGAAUGCAAUACACACGAGUUUUUGCCAACAUGUGCAAUGCUGGGGUUACCAAAGAGCGAAUGAUUGCAGCAUCAACUCAAACUUGUUCUUAG